AUGUCGGGAAAAACAAACCGAGACGUCAAAAAUCACUUUCUCUUUGAGAUAGCCACCGAGGUUGCUAAUCGAGUUGGUGGUAUCUAUUCCGUCAUCAAAUCAAAAGCACCAGUUACCACCGCAGAAUAUGGAGACCGAUACACUCUCAUCGGUCCUCUCAACAGGCAAUCGGCGGCAGUGGAAGUCGAGGCAUUAACACCAACAAACCCCCACCUUGCAGCAACGAUAGAAGCUAUGGAAGAGAGAGGAAUCCAAAUGGUAUAUGGCCGCUGGUUGAUUGAGGGUGCCCCACGAGUUCUCUUGAUCGACACCAAGAGUGCCUACAGGUUUUUGGAUGAGUGGAAGGCCGACUUGUGGAAUACUGCUGGAAUUCCAUCUCCGCCUGGUGACGACGAAACCAACGAAGCUGUUGUGUUCGGUUACUUGGUUGCGUGGUUCUUAGGAGAGUUCGUUGCACACGAGAAAGAAAAGGCCGUCAUCGCACAUUUCCACGAAUGGCUCUCUGGUGUCGCACUUCCUCUAUGCAAAAAGCGCCGUAUCGAUGUUACUACAAUUUUCACUACCCACGCAACUCUCCUAGGAAGAUAUCUCUGUGCAGGAUCAGUGGACUUUUACAACAACUUACAGUGGUUUGACGUGGAUGCCGAGGCAGGAAAACGUGGUAUCUAUCACAGAUACUGCAUAGAACGUGCAGCGACGCAUUCUUGCGAUGUCUUUACCACUGUUUCACAUAUCACAGCAUAUGAAUCGGAGCAUCUCUUGAAGAGAAAGCCAGAUGGUGUUUUGCCCAAUGGUCUGAACGUCACCAAAUUCUCUGCCAUGCACGAGUUUCAAAACUUGCAUCAACAAGCAAAGGAGAAGAUCCACGAUUUUGUCAGAGGUCAUUUCUAUGGACACAAUGAUUUUGAUCCUGAGAACACACUUUACUUCUUUACCGCUGGACGAUAUGAGUACAGAAAUAAGGGUGUUGACAUGUUCAUAGAGUCAUUGGCUCGUUUGAACCACCGCCUCAAGUCUGCUGGGUCAAAGAUGACCGUUGUCGCAUUCAUCAUCAUGCCAGCACAAACCCAAUCGUUAACUGUCGAAGCUCUCAAGGGACAAGCCGUGAUUAAAUCGUUACGUGACACUGUUGACGUUAUUGAACGCGGUGUCGGAAAGAGAAUCUUCGAGCGUGCCCUUAAGUGGCAUGAGGGUGAAGUGAUGCCUGACGAGAAAGAUUUGAUCACCAGUCAAGAUCGCAUCCUUCUCCGCAGACGUCUGUUUGCUAUGAAGAGACAUGGGCUUCCACCGAUCGUCACACAUAACAUGGCCAAUGAUUCUGAGGAUCCAAUUUUGAACCAGAUCCGCAGAGUCCAAUUGUUCAACCAUCCUUCGGACCGUGUGAAGGUCGUUUUCCACCCAGAGUUCUUGAACUCCGCCAACCCCGUUCUACCAAUGGACUAUGAUGAGUUCGUAAGAGGCACUCAUUUGGGUGUCUUUUCUUCCUACUAUGAACCAUGGGGUUACACACCAGCAGAGUGUACAGUCAUGGGUGUCCCAAGUAUCACAACCAACUUGUCAGGUUUCGGUUGUUACAUGGAGGAGUUGAUUGAAAACUCGACGGAUUACGGAAUUUACAUUGUCGACCGUAGAAUGAAGGGUGUCGAUGACUCGGUGAACCAACUUACCAGCUACAUGUUUGACUUUGCUGGCAAGAGCAGACGUCAACGUAUCAACCAGAGAAACCGUACCGAGCGAUUGAGCGAUCUUCUUGACUGGAAGCGCAUGGGAAUGGAAUACGUCAAGGCAAGACAAUUGGCAUUGAGAAGAGCAUACCCUGCGUCAUUCGACGGCGAAGAAGAGGAUGAUUUCAUUCCUGGUGUGGAACAAAAGAUCUCCCGUCCAUUCUCCGUACCCGGAUCCCCAAGAGAUAGAACCGGUAUGAUGACACCUGGUGAUUUUGCCAGUCUGCAAGAAGGUCGUGAAGGUUUGAGCACGGAAGAUUACGUUUCCUGGAAGCUUCCUGAAGAGGAAGACCCAGAUGAGUACCCAUUCCCACUCACCCUCCGAACGAAGAAACCAAACGGAUCUCAGAGCCCAUAUGGUGGCGCACAAAGCCCAUCGGAGUAUGCCAUAACUAAUGGGAACGGGAUGAAAUAA